AGAUCCUACUCUUUAAUUUUUAAAAUACUGCUCUUGAGGGUUAGUUAUCUAGAUCCCUAAGGUUUUGGGUGUGCCGGUACACGCUGACCCACAAGAGUGCCUCCUCCAGCUUGGCAGGGAGCUGAAACUUUCUUACUGUAAAAACUUCUGGACCGUCACAGCGCCUGCGUAUCUUUAGCACUCUGGCUCUCCUCCGUCAACGUUGAGAUCUGCCCUCAAUUUUCUUCCAGAACUCCAGGAUAUGGGCGGUGGAGGUAUACAUCCGGAACACAAGAGCCCAGGCUCCCCAUAGCCUGCCUAUUUCGAUUAGAGGUGAGCUGUUCCAGCAGAAGGCGGGGCUGAGAGGCGCCUAGUGCUGCGGGAGGCUCAGUGUCAUCUUCCAGCUAACAGGUGGCCGUGCAGCCCAGGGCUCGUCUCUCCACUGUGUCCUCUUCACGCCGAGCUCGUGGCGAUGGUGGACGUGCUGGGCGGGCGGCGCCUGGUGACCCGGGAGGGCACGGUGGUGGAGGCCGAGGUGGCGCUGCAGAACAAGGUGGUAGCUUUGUACUUUGCGGCGGGCCGGUGCUCGCCCAGCCGCGACUUCACGCCGCUGCUCUGCGACUUCUACACGGAGCUGGUGAGCGAGGCGCGGCGGCCCGCUCCCUUCGAGGUGGUUUUCGUGUCGGCAGACGGCAGUGCGGAGGAGAUGUUGGACUUCAUGCGCGAGCUGCACGGCUCCUGGCUGGCAUUGCCCUUCCACGACCCCUACCGGCAUGAACUGAAGAAGAGGUACGAAAUCACCGCCAUCCCCAAGCUGGUGGUCAUCAAGCAGAACGGAGCUGUCAUCACCAACAAAGGGCGGAAGCAGAUCCGAGAGCGCGGGCUAGCUUGCUUUCAGAACUGGGUGGAAGCAGCCGAUGUUUUCCAAAACUUCUCGGGGUGACCAGGGCAGUUGCUGGAAGUUCAGGGCAACUAUCUUCAAAAAGGGCUUAGCUGGUUCCCUUCUCUGCUGAGGAAUGUCAUUGUAGAGUCACCAUGCUGUGACAGAGAGCAUAAACUGCUCAGGAAAGAACUACGUCUGCCCCCUGUGGGUCCUAGAGCUCCGUUGAAUGUUUAUUUCUUACACCUUUCUCCACCGGUGCCUAGGAUCCAGGACACAUCAGCCACGAGUUAACAGAACUCUAUGCAAGAUGCUCUUUCCUACAGGAAAUUUCUUUGAUAAAUUGACCUAUGGAGGUGAUACAUUUUCUGAUGACAUUUUUGUGAUGCUUUGGUAAACGUAUUUAUUACUCAGGUUUGUAGACUGUGUAAUUUAAUAAACCAACACUCACACUUUGAGCA